AUGAAUUCUAUUCGCGGCAUACUUAUUGAUAUUUCGGGCACAAUAAUAAUUGGAAGCAAAGCAUGCGAAGGUGCCGUUGUUGGUUUGAAAAAACUUAGGGACGCUGGUAUUCCAUUUCGUUUUUGUACCAAUACGACAAGUGAAAGUCGAUCAACAAUUUUAAGUAAAUUGAUUAAUUCGGGUUUUGAUGUGUAUCGUAAUGAGAUAAUUACUUCAUUAAGCGCAUGCCGUAAUUUGAUAAUCUCACGCAACCUCAGACCCUUGUUACUCUUAGAAGAAGAUGCUUUGGAAGAUUUCCAAGGCAUCCCCGUAGAAGAACCGAAGGAUGCUGUUGUAAUAGGUCUAUCUCCAUCUAAUCUGCGAUAUGAUAUGCUUAACAAGGCUUUCCGCAUCUUGAUCGAUAAUCCAAAUGCUCCUUUAAUUGCCCUUCAUAAAUCCAAAUAUUUUGCUGAACCAGAUGGUCUUAGUUUAGGUCCUGGACCAUUUGUUUCUGCAUUAGAAUAUGCUUGUGAUGGGGUUAAAGCAACUGUUAUUGGAAAGCCGGAAAGAACCUUUUUUGAAUCUGCACUUAAAGACAUGGGACUUUUGGAAAAGGCAAAUCAUGUUAUUAUGAUCGGUGAUGAUAUUGCUCAAGACUUGGGAGGUGGUGCGAAGGAAUUAGGAUUAAUUCGGUACCUUGUCAAAACUGGAAAGUAUCGAAGUGGUGACGAAGCGCGUGACCCCACUAUUAAUGGUGUUUUUGAUAAUUUUGGUAAAUUUGUUGAUUUCAUUUUGGAUAAAAUUAAAAAGUAG